AUGGUGUUUGCGAGAACUUGCGGAAACUGGAGAUCACCGGCGUGUCCUGUCGGGACGUCUAUGCAAAGCUGCUGCACCGCUACAGACACGUCCUGGGUCUGUGGCAGCCAGACAUCGGGCCAUACGGGGGCCUGCUGAAUGUGGUGGUGGACGGCUUGUUCAUCAUUGGGUGGAUGUACCUGCCCCCCCACGACCCUCACGUGGAUGACCCGAUGAGAUUCAAGCCACUGUUCAGGAUCCACCUAAUGGAGAGGAAGUCUGCCACAGUGGAGUGCAUGUAUGGCCACAAAGGGCCCCACAACGGCCACAUUCAGAUUGUGAAGAAGGAUGAGUUCUCCACCAAGUGCAACCAGACGGACCACCACAGGAUGUCUGGCGGGAGGCAGGAGGAGUUCCGCACAUGGCUGAGGGAGGAGUGGGGGCGCACGCUGGAGGACAUCUUCCACGAACACAUGCAGGAGCUCAUCCUCAUGAAGUUCAUCUACACCAGCCAGUACGACAACUGCCUGACCUACCGCCGCAUCUACCUGCCACCCCACCACCCCGACGACCUCAUCAAGCCAGGCCUCUUCAAGGGUACCUAUGGCAGCCACGGCCUGGAGAUCGUUAUGCUCAGCUUCCACGGCCAGCGGGCCAGGGGCACCAAGAUCACGGGUGACCCCAACAUCCCCGCCGGGCAGCAGACGGUGGAGGUCGACCUGCGGCACCGCAUCCAGCUGCCCGACGUUGAGAACCUGCGCAACCUCAACGAGCUCUCGCGAAUCGUCCUGGAGGCCCGCGAGCGCCUGCGCCAGGAGAAGCAGGACGGCGGGCAGGAAGCGGGUGAGGACCACAGCCGGCCAGGGCCUGUCCAGCCCGGCAGGGGGCCAGAAGAGGUGCCUGCCGUGGACUGCCCGGAGCCUGGGGGCGGAGCCGCCGCAGCUGAGCAGUCUGCCCAGGGCGGGGAGGGGCAGCCAUUUGUGUUGCCUGUUGGAGUGAGCUCCAGGAAUGAGGACUAUCCGCGCACCUGCAGGAUGUGUUUCUAUGGCACAGGCCUCAUUGCUGGCCAUGGCUUCACCAGCCCUGAGCGUACCCCCGGGGUCUUCAUCCUCUUCGAUGAGGACCGCUUCGGGUUUAUCUGGCUGGAGCUGAAGUCCUUCAGCCUGUACAGCCGGGUCCAGGCCACCUUCCGGAACGCGGAUGCGCCAUCCCCACAGGCCUUUGAUGAGAUGCUCAAGAACAUCCAGUCCCUCACCUCCUGACCACCGCGCCUCGCUGCCCGUCCUGGCGGCUCUGCCCUGCGAUCUGUGAAUAGAAGCAGCAUGCACUUUCGAAGUACAGCCUUUGUACCAGAACGCACACCUUGUCAGGGCUCCUGCCCAGCUACCCCAGCACUUUACACAGGAGCGUGACAUACUUGCAUAUGUGUACUGCGACAGAAGAAGCAGAGCAUGUCUUACCAAAACAAUAAUCAUAAAGAAGGAAAGAACCAGAAUAAAACUGAAGUCGGGGGCGGCUGCAGGGGCAUGGAGGAAUUGAAGUGGCUCAUCGCACGCGUCCUUGUCUGGCUGGCGGUUUUCUAGUCGGCAAGACCCUGCCCCAGUAACCUUCCCUGUGAGCAGGCAGAGCAGGUUGUGUGAAUGGAUCUGCUCCUGUCCCCGGGGUGUAGCUGAGCAGAUGUGGCCUCUGUGGGGGUGGUCAGAGGAGGCCACUGACUAGCGUUGGCAGGGGUGACGACGGGAACAGUGAGGAGAUGGAGCCCAGAAGGUGGUGGGAUAUCAGUGUGGGGCCAGGACCCUGGAUUGAAUCCCCGUUUCUCUACUGACUCACCUGAAUUUUGGAUAAAAGCAUUUCACCACUGACCUCAGUUUCCCAAUCACUGAAAUGGGGUUAGCGAUACAGGUCACUAGGAAAUGUCACUGCAUAUCUCUGGCAGCCUGUCACCUUUCCCAGUCACUCUCCAGCUGGGGACCCAAUGCCACCAUUCCAGCCACCUGAUGCUCCCAGCGCCAGGUUCAGGCAGGGCACUGUUUAUUUCACACCUUCCCCCCGCACAUGCCUGGCGUCAGACCCUCAACUGCCAGUCACUUGUUCCAGGACACGAGUCUCCUGGCCGCAUAUCUGAAGCAGUCUCUGGGUUUAUCUCCUGUGGGUGGCUCACACAGGUGCCGUUCUAGGAAAUGUGAAAGUGCCAGGGGCAGAGAAGCCACACCUGCACCUGUGCACCAUGAACCUCUGGGCAGCCUCCUGCAUGGAGACCCGAGUGCCGACGCCCCCACCUGCAUAUGCCCUGCGCUGUGUUCAUAUGCACACUGGAGACCCCAUCAUCUAAGCCAAGGUCGGGUCUACUGAAGGUCAGAGUCCACGGUGCAGGGACCGCUCUUCUCCAGCCUGCAGCCGGCGCCAUCCCAGACACAGCUUGCCGGUGAGGGACCCCAGGAGGUGCCUUUGUCUGGAGACCAAGCUGAGGAUGUCCCGGGAAACAUUUUCCUAAUUGAUUUCUCGCUGACUGGCCUUUAAGAAACUAAGAAUCCCGCUGCCUUGGCUUUAGUACCUUGGGUGCUUCUCCGUGCUGCCCAGGAUCUGUGGCCGCCCGGGAGGUUCUCUGAGACUCGGAAUGAGGUAGGUGUACAGGGUGCCUUCCAGGCAGAUCCCCUGUGAGCUGCGCUGAGGACCCCCAAGACUCGCCCGGCCUGAUUCUUCCACGGAACGCACAGGGCCACAAGGGGCGUGGUCCAGUCUCAGCGCCAGGUGCAGGAUUCUCCUGAGAGCUGUGUUCUCCCUGCCCUCGCUAGCUGUGACGGUUUUUCUGUCAUCCCAGGCGAGGCAGCUGAGUGAUGGCAACUGCGGCACACAGCCUCAACUGUGGGUGCGUGGGCUGGCGCCUUGCAGCCUUACUGUUGUUUAAGUGAAAUCAACAACAUGCAUUUUUUACCAAGAGCCUGAGACUCGUUCUGAAACCUGGUCUCAUGGGAGGCCUUCCCUGGGCUGUCACGAGCACAGUGAUGGAAGAUGAGUACUUCUGAUUAAAAACUCUCAAAUCCAAGUGUA